AUGGCAUCUAGUCCUGACCUUCCCCACAGAGAUCAACAGGCUGCCUUGGGCAUUGACCAUCUCCAGGUGUCACUGCAAGCCAAACAGGAAGACACUCAGAAGAAAACCUUCACCUGCUGGAUAAAUUCACAGUUGGCCAAGCACACCUCUCCCUCAGUUAUAUCAGACUUAUUCGCAGACAUUAGAAAGGGCCAUGUCCUCCUGGAUCUGCUAGAAGUACUCUCAGGACAGCAGUUGCCUCGUGAUAGAGGAUCUAAUACACACCAGUGUAGACUCAAUAUAGAACAUGCUCUCAAGUUCCUAGAAAACCAAUCAGUCAAGCUAAUAAAUGUCCACGUUACUGAUAUUAUAGAAGGAAACCCAUCCAUUAUUCUUGGACUAAUUUGGACAAUUAUACUGCACUUCCAUAUUGAGGAUCUUGCCCAGUCUGAUUCUUGCAAUUACAAUAAACCUUCCCCGGAUGAUAUGAGUGUGGCUGAUUCAUCUCCUACCUCAAGUCCUCCAGCAAAGAGAUGCUUCAAAGUCCAAGAGCGAUGGCAGUUGUCUGCAAAGAAAGUUCUUCUCUUGUGGGCUCAAGACAAAUGUGCCAGGUAUGAGUCUGUCAGUGUGACAGAUUUUAAGUCAAGCUGGAGAAACGGGAUGGCUUUUCUGGCUGUCAUUCAUGCCUUGCGACCAGACCUAAUUGACAUGAAGAGGAUGAAGCAUCGAUCCAACAAGGACAAUCUGAAAGAGGCCUUUGGAAUUGCAGAACGAGAAUUAAAAAUCCCCAAAUUGCUGGAUCCAGAAGAUUACAAAACUACUGAACAUUUAAUAUUCAGCUCUCUUAAAUUAGUGUGAGCCAGCUGGCUCC